AUGAAGGUCUCAUUUCGGAUAAGGCCCCCAACAAAUCCAGAGGUAGGCAAAUAUGCCAUGCUACUACUUCCUACUUUUCGUGUUCGCCUAGCAGAGAGCAGUAGUUGGAGGGAUCCAAGGAGAAGUAACCUGUUUGACUCAGAAAACAACACAAUGAACUUUAUAAUUUGGAAUUGUAGAGGGGCACAAUCAGCUGAUUUUCGAAGGAAUUUUAGGUUGUUACUUGACUAUAAUAGGCUUUCUUUGGAGGUUCUUUUGGAAACUCAUUGUCAAAGUCACCAAACCGUAAAUGAGGAUUUCAACUUCAAUGGCCUGAUUGAGGUAGCAGCUAUAGGGCAGGCAGGGGGAAUAGCAAUUUUAUGGCUCUCAAAUGUUCUAAAUAUGGAACUUGUGGCAACUACUGCACAGGAGAUACACUGCCACAUCCAAGUUCACCCUUUUCCUUUUAAAUUUCUCUUUAGUGCCAUUUAUGCUAGUACUGACUUGACAACUAGACAAUCUCUAUGGGAAAAUAUAAUAUGUGUUUAUGAUAAUUAUAAAGGACCUUGGAUUAUAGGAGGUGAUUUUAAUAAAAUAACACAUGCAGCAGAUAAAUUUGGGGGUCUUCCCAUUAGUAAUGCACGAGCAAAUAAAUUAAUGCAAUGUUAUAACUAUUGUCACUUAAUAGUUUUAGGUAUUAAAGGUAGUCGUUUUAUAUGGACUAAUGGAAGACAUAAUGGAGCUAAUAUACUUGAACGCAUUGAUCGUGUUAUGGCCAAUUAUAAUUGGCUAAAUCUCUUCCCUGAGGCAAUGGUUACACAUCUUCCUCGUACACACUCAGACCAUUGCCCUAUCAAACUUGAACUACAGUAUAGGCCUUUACCUCAUAAAAAAAUAUUUUGCUUUGAAACAAUUUGGACUACACAUCCUUCUUUCCCUACUGUUGUUAAGCAAGCCUGGUCAAAUAAUUUACAGUUAUUACCAGCUAUCGAUGAAUUUACUAAUAUAGUGCAGGACUGGAAUUCAUCAACUAUUGGUAAUAUUUUUAAGAGAAAAAGGAAACUCCUAGCUCGAUUAGGUGGUCUUCAAUCUUCCAUACAUUAUCCAACCAGUAUCUUCCUUCAAAAUUUGGAAGAAUAA